AUGUACUGGAAUCGAUGGCUCGAAUCUGUGUAUUUGCUGUGUGAUCCUGAGGAUUCUGAAUAUCAGAGACCUCGGUACGAUCCUGAAAAGGCUAAGUACACAAUAGAGGAAGAGAUUGACAGAAUACGCAAAGAAAUCACUGAGAGCGAUGGUUUUGACAUCGAUUUCUCAUACUACCGCUGCGUUUUCAACUACCACAGUGCUUAUCUCGAUUCAUGCGAAAUCGCGGAGGAGCCAGAAACCGAUGGGGAUUUACUCAAGAAGCUCGCUCAGAAUUCUCUUGAUGACUACAACAAAUUAAAUAAGACAGAAUUUAAGUUUGUCAAGGUUGAAAAAGCCAAUUUUCACGUCUCUGGUGCUGCGUUAAUGUUUCUCAUAACAUUUGAAGUUGUUGAUCCUUAUGAUGAUGUGACAAAACCCUUCCAAGCAAGGCUACGGCACAUCCUUCUAGAUUCUUCAACUGAGUACGUCUUUUGCAGGCCAAAACCCAAUCAAACAGGAGGCAUGCGUGAUGAGUGCGAAGUUCUCUCUGGCUGGAGGUCUUGGGUCGAACAUGCAUAUGUAGUAAAACCAGCUGGAGAUCCUGAGUGCUUGAAGCAUCACUAUAUCCCAAAACCCGAGGAUAACAUUCCUCAUCUCACACAGGAUGAAGAAAUCAAAGAGAUAAACAGACAAAUCAGGGAAAGCGAGGGGUUCGAUAUUGAUUUCUCGAAGUUCCGCUGUCUGUUCAACUACCAUCUGGUUGAUCCAGAUGAUCAUGACUUCCUUGACGAGCCAGGCACUAACGAGGUUUUAAUGAGGAUUCUUACCAAAGAAUCCGUCAAGCAAUACAAUAAAGAGAAGGGUACGAGAAUUCAAUUUCUUGAGGUUGAGAAAGCCAAUUAUUACUUUUGUAAUGGGUAUAUGUUUCUCAUCACGUUCAAAGUCUUUGAUCACACUGAUAAGGAGAAAAAGACCUACCAAGCUAGGAUCCAUUACUCUACACAUUAUCCCACUGAAUAUGUCUUUGUUAGGCCAAAACCUGAUCCAGAAGAUAGCAGCGAUGAAGAGAGCUCCGACUCCGAGGAAGAUGUGAGUGAAGAAGGCAACAGUGAAGAAGGCUCCGACGAAGGUGUGAAAAACGAGGAAGAUAUUGACCCUAGCAGCUUUCAAAUGGGCAGGAUUGAGAAGUGAGUGAAGCUCCUCUUGACCUUUCUCUAUCUAUUUAGAACUGCUUAAUUUUAGCUCAUGUUGUUACGAAAUGAACAUCUUAUGGAUGUGUAAUUUUGUAAUGUCGGUUGUUUAAUAUUUAUCUACAUCGUUAUUGAACUAUAUUUGGAUUCGUGUUUAUGCUAA